AUGUCGAAUGACUUCUUGUGGUUUGCAGGGAUACCUUUCCCUAAUUUGGGUUUCAAAGUUGAAAUCCUUAAAAAAUUACGUGAUGAGUUUGUGGUAAAGGAUGAAGAUGUGGUAACAGUGACUUACCCCAAAUCAGGAACAAACUGGUUGAUUGAGAUUCUCUGUCUGAUUCAUUCCAAGGGGGAUCCCAAGUGGAUCCAGUCUGUGCCCAUCUGGGAACGCUCACCCUGGUUAGAAACUGAGGAUGGAAAUAAAUUACUGAAUAAUAAGGGGGGCUCACGCUUCCUCACCUCCCACCUCCCCAUUCAACUCUUCCCCAAGUCUCUCUUCAGUUCCAAUGCCAAGGUGAUUUAUCUCAUCAGAAAUCCCAGAGAUGUUCUUGUGUCUGGUUAUUUUUUUUGGAGUAUGACAAAAUUUCUUAAGAGAUCAGAGUCACUGGAACAAUACUUCGAAUGGUUCAUCCAAGGAAAUGUGGUAUACGGAUCAUGGUUUGACCACAUUCAUGGCUGGAUGCCCAUGAGAGAAAGGAACACAUUCCUGAUACUGAGUUAUGAAGAACUGAAACAGGACAUAAGAGGAACUGUAGAGAAGAUCUGUCAAUUCCUUGGUAAGAAGUUGGAACCGGAAGAACUGAGCUUAGUUGUCAAAAAUAGCUCCUUCCAGGCCAUGAAAGAAAACAACAUGUCCAAUUAUUCCCUCCUGAAUGAUGUGUUUUUGUCUCAGGAUGUACUAAUUACAAGAAAAGGCAUGUCUGGUGACUGGAAAAAUCACUUAACAGUGGCCCAAGCUGAAGCCUUUGAUAAACUAUUCCAGGAGAAGAUGACAGAUCUUCCUCAAGAGCUGUUGCCAUGGAAAUAAUGUCCAACACAUUCUGGAUCAUACAUGGAUACUAAUAUUUGCUCUCCUUUCCUGACUGAGGGCCUAUGUAUAACAUAUAUUGUUUCAUCCCAGAGUCUUAAAUUAUCAUAUAUUUUCAUCUUUGACUACUUUUUUCAUUCAAAAUUACCAGGGCACCCCUAUGCAUGCUAUGGCAUUCCACAACCUUUAUGUGUUUGUAAUAUUUCAAACAUAUAGAAUUGUAUAGAAAUAAUAUACAUUUUGCCUGAAAGUGUAUUUGAACUUAAAAAAAAAUUUUUAUUAUAAAGAUGUGGGGUA